UCCCCCUCGUCCUCAUUCAGCGACGCUGUACGCAGAGAGGCGGAGUUCAUAAGGCUGGUGGUUGGGUCCCACGACGUUUGUGUUUACAUCGACCAGUUCAGAUCUUCCAGCAGACACAGUGUAGUGGUGGUGAUCGAGCAGCCGGACGUACAGCGACUCAGCCUGUAUUUAUCAUUCUCAUCCCUCAACUAUGAAGAUGUUCGAUCUCCGCUGGGUAGUGGUGCUGACGGUGACGCUGACAACGGCCUACCCUGACUCGGAAGAGAAGGCCCACGAGAUGUUGCCCAAACCUGAAGGGUGGCAACAGCGACGGCCAGGAGGUAGAAGUCCUACUGAUAGUUCUGGUUAUGACAUGAACGAGGCUUAUAACUCCCUAGCUGCUAACCGCGUGGGUGCCGGCUUAUACAGCGACACAAGUGCCUCCAGUAACAGCAAGUUAGGUGGUACUGGUUAUGGUGACGCAGCGGCAGCGUCUGGUGGUGGUGGCUACUACGGUUCAACAGGGGGUGGUGGUGGGUACGGGAGCUACGGCAGUGAGAGCGGAUAUGGGUUGUCGUGUGCCUCUGGGUAUGUGAACGCCUCGGCUGUCGCCCUUCUCGCCUUCCUCUUCCUUCUCAACAUCGUUCAGGACGUAGUACAGCAGAUCACAGGAGGCAGAAGAAAACGCGAAGCUGGUGAUGAAAACGACGUGUUCUCCUUCGUGCACAACGGAGGUCUCAGUGCUCUCAAGGAGGGUCUUCCUGAAGUCGUCCUGCCGCUCAUGGUUGACCUCAUGGAGGGAUCAGAGGCCCCUCAUUGCCUACAGAAGCCGCUGUGUGAGGCCAACGCCGAGCUCUCCUUGAGGUACGGUGUGGUAGGUCGUGUGGUCGCCUCCCUUCUCUCUAACGUGGUCAGUAAGGCCUUCACCGGCGACCAUAUCCCCAACUUCCACUUGGCCCUGGAGGCUGCCUCGGCCGGCCGGUCUGGUCAUCAGUGUUCCCUGAGGUUCCCUAAGUGUUCCCCUAAACACCGCUACUCCCAAGAGGCCAACACCAGCAGUCACCACCACUCGCAACACGUGAACGACGACGCAGAGGUACACGUCGAAGAUUUACCUCACAACCACGUCGACUGAAGACUUCUUACGUCGAUUACCUAUAGCCUUCAACCACGUCAAUUGAAGACUUCUUACGUCGAUUACCUAUAGCCUUCAACAACGUCGACUGAAGACUUCUUACGUCGAUUACCUAUAGCCUUCAACAACGUCGACCGAAGACUUCUUACGUCGAUUACCUAUAGCCUUCAACAACGUCGACUGAAGACUUCUUACGUCGAUUACCUAUAGCCUUCAACCACGUCAAUUGAAGACUUCUUACGUCGAUUACCUACAGCCUUCAACAACGUCGACUGAAGACACGUCGAGUACUACCUACCCUCCUAAUACCGUCAUCAACAACAAGACUUCCCAGUGGUAGCUCGACGGCCCACAGCAACUUAUCAAUGAUGACUCAACAAUACACAUCAAAGCCUUUCCCCUCCUCUCUGUUACGAUCCUUCCUGGGCAUUGUAUCCAGACGUGACAGUUAUUUUCCUCUGUCACUUCCCAUCACGGUGCAGGUUCACUGUGUGCUGUGUUCAGAGCAUCAUCCCGUUGUGUUGUGUCUUGUCGUUAGCUCACAACACACGUCUUAUUAAUUUAGUUCAAAAAAUUCGUAUGUCUUCGAUAUAUAAUUUAUUUAUUUAUUUACAUACAUACAUACAUAAAUACAUACAUACAUACAUAGACAAAAAUCACACCAUUAACACACACAUAUAUAUAUGCAAAUAAUUCCUAUAGUCAUUAAGUCUAUAAAUAUAUUGUACAAACAUUUGCACAUGAGGUACACCUAAGUGAACCCAUGUGUGUUUAAGGGUUCAUAUCAGGGGUUCAGAGUUAACACACACACACACACUCAACAUGGCGUCCCUCUAAACCUCUUAUACGACACCUUUAUACUCUGUGUUCCAUGUAAUUAUAUUCUCGAAAUAAAAUAAUAAUAAUAAUAA